AUGUGCGUUCUUACGUUCAAACGCGCGACACGUGUUGGCGGGACGGGUGCUGUCGAUCGGCUGAUUGGGCCGGCCGGGUCUAAUGGACCCCCGCAAUUUGUCGGUUAUCGGGUGCCCGCGUUGUGCAACUUCAGGAAGCAGUCACUCGUAGAUAAGCGGGCGAACGCGCGCUCAAUUCGGACGCCGCUCCGCUGCCCCGGGCGGUGC